CAAAGACAAGAAAAAACUAAAAUUAUGACAUCAAUAGGAAUUAUGACACUGAGCCGUGGCCCGUACAGCGAGCUCGAUAAAAUGAGCCUUUUUCAAGACCUCAAACUCAAACGGCGGAAAAUCGAUUCGCGAUGCAGCAGUGACGGCGAGUCCAUUGCGGACACGUCCACCUCGUCGCCGGAUCUGCUGGCGCCCAUGUCGCCCAAGCUUUGCGACAGCGGCAGCUCCACGGUGGUAGGUGGUCCAGGUGGUGCCGGAGGUGGUGGUGGUGUGGUGGCAACAUCUGGAUCUGGUGUGGGAUCCGGACUAGGUUCCAUGCCCCUGCCCAUGGCCCUGCCCUUGCCCCUGCCUUUGCCACUGCCCCUAAAUGCGUCCUCGCCGGCGGUUACCGUUUCCUUGGCGGCAGUGGUGGCAGCCGUGGCGGAAACGGGUGGAGGAGGAGGAGCAGGAGGAGGAGGUGGAGCAAGUGGAGGUGGAACCGGUGGAGGAGCAAGUACAGCGGUUUCCACAUCAUCGACAACAGCAGCGGUGGCCACCUCAUCGACAUCCUCCACAACACUCUCCUCCGCCUCAUCAUCCACAUCAUCCGCCUCCUCAUCAUCAUCAUCCUCAUCAUCCAGCACAUCGCCCACUGCUGGAGCGGGGGCGGGAAGUGCAACAGCUGGUACUGGAAGUGGAAUUGGAGCCUCCUCCACAUGUCCCGCCAGCAGCAGCAGCAGUAGCAGUAGCACCAACAGCAGUGGCAAGAACCACAUCAAGCAGGAGCCACAUCAGGCGGAGAUCCAUUCCUCCAGCAGUGCGAUCUCAGCGGCAGCGGCCUCCACGGUGAUGUCACCGCCACCGGCGCAACAGCAGCAGCAGCAACAGCAGACAGAGCCAACGGCCUCUGAGGGUAGAACAGGAGCUGGAUCUGCACCUGGCAUGGGAGGCCAGGAACAUCAAAACAAUAAUGGCAGCAACGCUAGCAAUGGCGGCAGCGGCAGCAGUCGAGCCUCGCCCGAUUCCCUCGAGGAGAAGCCAUCAACGACGACGACAACAACGGCGGCUUCAACGACGGUGGUGCCCACCAACGGUGUGGUGUCCUCCGUGUCCAGUGGUAGCACCAGCGCCAAGCUGAGCGAGGCGGGCAUGAGUGUGAUACGUUCGGUGAAGGAGGAGCGAUUGCUCAGUGUGUCCACCAAGAUGUUGGCCUUCCAAAGGGAACAGGAAUCCAAAGCAGCGGCGGCGGCAGCAGCAGCAGCAGCAGCGGCGGCGGCGGCGGCAGCAGCGGGACAUGUGACAGUGCUAGUGACGCCCUCAAGGAUCAAGUCAGAGCCACCGCCGCCCAUAGCCUCGCCCUCCUCCACCUCCAGCACGCUGAGGGAAAGGGAGCGAGAACGAGAGCGAGAAAGGGAAAGGGAGCGAGAUCGUGAUCGCGAUCGUGACCGUGACCGGGAUCGGGAUCGGGAGCGAGAGCAAUCCAUUAGCUCUUCCCAGCAGCAUUUGAGUCGCGUCUCCGCCAGCCCACCAUCGCAUGGUAGCCUGGGACAGUCGGCCAUUGUCCAGACACACCAUCUCCAUCAGCAGCUCACCCAGCCGCUGACGCUGCGCAAGAGCAGCCCGCCCACAGAGCAUCUGCUUAGCCAGUCCAUGCAGCAUCUUACCCAACAGCAGCAGCUACAUUUGCAUCAUCUGCUGGGACAGCAACAGCAGCAGCAUCAGCAACAGCAGCAGCAACAGCAGCAGCAGCAGCAACACUCGCCGCACUCCUUGGUGCGCGUGAAGAAGGAGCCCAAUCAGGUGGGUCAGCGUCACCUGUCGCCGCAUCACCAGCAGCAUCAGCAACAGCAGCAGCAACAUCUCCACCAGCAGCAGCAUAAUCUUCACCAGCAGCAACACAAUCUCCACCAACAGCAGCAGCAGCAGCAUCAACAGCAGCAGCAGCAGCCCCAGGCCCUGGCCCUGAUGCAUCCCGCCUCGCUGGCGCUGAGAAACAGCAACCGGGAUGCGGCCAUUCUGUUUCGGGUGAAGAGCGAGGUGCACCAACAGGUGGCCGCCGGUUUGCCGCAUUUAAUGCAAUCCGCUGGUGGAGCAGCAGCAGCAGCAGCUGCCGCUGUGGCCGCCCAACGGAUGGUAUGCUUCAGCAAUGCCCGGAUCAAUGGAGUGAAGCCGGAGGUUAUUGGCGGACCACUGGGCAACCUAAGGCCUGUCUCCGUUUCCGGUGGCGGUGGCAAUGGCAGCGGUGGAAAUGGUGGAAACGGUGGAAAUGGCGGUAUACCAGGUGGUGGAUCCGUCCAAUGCCCAUCGCCGCAUCCCUCCAGCAGCUCAUCCUCGUCGCAACUAUCGCCGCAAACGCCCUCACAGACGCCGCCAAGGGGCACGCCCACAGUGAUUAUGGGUGAAAGUUGUGGCGUUCGCACCAUGGUCUGGGGCUAUGAGCCGCCACCGCCAUCGGUGGCGCAACAGCAGCAGCAGCAGCAGCAUCCAGGACAGCAUCCGCAACAGCAGUCGCCGCAUCACCAGCAUACGCAGCAGCAGCAACAAUCGCAGCAACAGCAACAGCAGCAGCAACAGCAACAACACUGCCUAUCCUCGCCCUCGGCGGGUUCAUUAACGCCCAGCUCCUCCGGUGGCGGUUCGGUAUCCGGCGCGGGCACGCCCUCAUCCGUGACGCCGCAAAACAAUGAGGAGGCCGCCCAGCUGUUGCUCUCCCUGGGCCAGACCCGCAUCCAGGAUAUGCGAGCCCGGCCGCAUCCCUUUCGCACGCCCCAUGCCCUCAAUAUGGAGCGCCUGUGGGCGGGUGACUACUCCCAGCUGCCGCCUGGCCAGCUGCAGGCACUGAAUCUCAGUGCCCAGCAGCAACAGUGGGGGAGCUCCAACUCCACGGGCUUGGGUGGUGGUGGGACCCUUGCCGGUGCACUGGGCGGACGCGGCGGUGUAGGCGGUGGCCUAGAGGCGCCGCAUGAGCCCACGGACGAGGAUGAGCAGCCGCUGGUGUGCAUGAUCUGUGAGGAUAAGGCCACCGGCCUUCACUAUGGCAUCAUCACGUGCGAAGGGUGCAAGGGCUUCUUCAAGCGGACGGUGCAGAACAGGCGUGUCUACACCUGCGUGGCGGAUGGAACCUGCGAGAUAACCAAAGCACAGCGCAACCGUUGUCAGUAUUGUCGAUUUAAGAAGUGCAUCGAGCAGGGCAUGGUGCUGCAAGCUGUUCGCGAGGAUCGCAUGCCUGGCGGUCGCAACAGCGGCGCCGUCUACAAUCUGUACAAGGUAAAGUACAAGAAGCACAAGAAGACCAACCAGAAGCAGCAGCAGCAGCAAGCGCAGCAGCAGCACCAGCAACAGCAGCAGGCGCAGCAGCAACACCAGCAGCAGCAGCAACAGCAGCAUCAGCAGCUGCAUUCGCCACUGCAUCAUCUGCAUCAUCAGGGUCAUCAGGUGGUGGGUCACCAAGUGGGUCACCAUCCGCAGCAGCAGCAUCAUCCGCAGCUAUCGCCGCAUCACCUGCUCUCGCCACAGCAACAGCAACUGGCAGCAGCCGUUGCAGCAGCAGCCCAACAACAACAGCAGCAGCAGCAACAACAGCAGCAGCAGCAGCAGCAGCAGGCCAAGCUGAUGGACAUGAAACCCAUGUUCCUGGGUCCCGUGCUCAAGCCAGAGCUGUUGCAGGCGCCACCGAUACAUAGUCCGGCGCAACAGCAGCAGCAGACGUCGCCGCAUCUCCAGCUGAGCUCCCCGCACCAGCAGCAGCAGCAACAGCAGCAACAUCAUCCGAAUCAUCACCAGCAAACCAGUGGAGGUGGCGGCGGUGGAGCUGGCUCUGGAGGAGGAGGAGGAGGCGUGGCCGGUGGUGGAGGCAAUGCUGCCGCCCAGUUGCCGCCGCAUCUGGUGAAUGGAACCAUACUGAAAACAGCACUAACCAAUCCCAGCGAGAUUGUGCAUCUGCGGCAUCGCCUGGACUCGGCGGUUAGCUCAUCGAAGGAUCGCCAGAUCUCCUAUGAGCACGCCCUUGCCAUGAUCCAGACCCUGAUCGAUUGCGAUGCCAUGGAGGAUAUUGCCACGCUGCCGCACUUCAGUGAGUUCUUGGAGGACAAGUCGGAGAUCAGCGAGAAGCUGUGCAACAUCGGUGACUCCAUUGUGCACAAGCUGGUCUCGUGGACAAAGAAGUUGCCCUUCUAUCUGGAAAUACCCGUGGAGAUACACACCAAACUGCUGACGGACAAGUGGCAUGAGAUUUUGAUUCUGACCACGGCCGCCUAUCAGGCGUUGCAUGGCAAGCGACGCGGUGAUGGUGGAUCGGUGGCGGGACAAGCAGCGAUAACUGGUACUGGCAGCAGUAGGCACGGUUCGCCGGCAUCAACGCCGUUGGCCACGACACCGACCACAACGCCACUGCCAUCGCCCGCCCAGCCGCUGCACAAGGAUGAUCCGGAGUUUGUCAGCGAGGUGAACUCGCAUCUAAGUACGCUGCAGACCUGCCUCACCACGCUGAUGGGUCAGCCCAUUGCCAUGGAGCAGCUGAAGCUGGACGUUGGUCAUAUGGUGGACAAGAUGACCCAGAUUACCAUCAUGUUUCGGCGCAUCAAGCUCAAGAUGGAGGAGUAUGUUUGCCUCAAGGUCUACAUAUUGCUGAACAAAGCAGAAGUGGAACUGGAGAGCAUCCAGGAGCGGUACGUUCAGGUGCUGCGCUCUUAUUUGCAGAACUCGUCACCGCAGAAUCCGCAGGCGAGGCUCAGCGAGCUGUUAUCCCACAUACCAGAGAUCCAGGCCGCCGCCAGUUUGCUGCUCGAGAGCAAGAUGUUCUAUGUGCCCUUCGUGCUAAACUCGGCGAGCAUAAGGUAGCAGAUGCUUGAGCACGGCCUGCUGCCCACUGCCCACCAUCACCAGCCAGGAGGAGGAGGAGGAGGAGCAACAACGCCAGGACCCGAAACCAUACCAGAGCGACAGCAGCAGCAGCAGCAGCAGCAGGAGCGGCAGCUGGAGCGGCGCAGGAGCAGGCAACAGCAGCAUCAACUGCUGCGUGAUUUGCCCAAAAUCAAGAUUGAGAUUGGGGCCCAGGAGCAGGACCAAGAGGAGGAGCAGCAGCAGGAGGAGGAGCAACAGCAGUCACGAUCCACAUCCACGUCCAUUUUAAAGACUUCACUGCUAAGCGGAGCAGCAGCCACCUUGGCCACCUUGACGGCGGCUGCCGAGCAGAUAGCCCGCUCCUCCUCUUCCUCCUCCUCAUCCGCGGACACUGCCAGGGAUUAUUCCAGUAGCAGUGGAAGCAGCAAUAGCCACACUCCGGCGGCGGGCAAGGCAUCAAACCAUCAUGGCAGCAGCAACAGUUUAGAAGAGAGCAAAAGACUUGAGCAUCAACAGCAGCAACCACAACAGCAGCAGCAGCAGCAACAAUAUACAUCAAUUCUACACACGGCCUUAAUGUCACAGCGCUCCAUGUCCGCAGGAGGAGCCACAGCACCUGCAACAACAACAACAGCAACGACGACGGCAGCCACCACCACAUCGCCCACGCCGGCGCAUGUGCUCAAGACGGCGGUGACUUUGGCCAGUCUCAGUGAGAUAGCCACGGCGCGUCAACAGCAGCAGCAGCAGCAGCAAUUGCUGGCAAUGCAACAGCAGCAGCAGCAGCAGCAACAGAAAAUGCCCCGAAGGAUAAUCAACUUUGGCAGCAGCUCGGCCACAAAAGGUAUGGGAGUGGGAGCAGCAACAGCAGCAGGAGCAGGAGCUGGAUCCGGAGCAGGACUCGGAACAGGACUAAGCUUGAUGGCAGCCAGCAAGCAAAUGCCAGCGGCAAUGCCAGCACAGAGCCGGCAAAAUCGCCAAAUGAAUUUGGGUCAAAAUCAUGGCCAAAAUCUGUUGGCGAAUGCAGCAAGGACAACCGGCAACAGUAGCAGCAACAGUAGCAGCAGCAAGCAACGCCUGCUUAAUGGCAACUGUUGCAGAACCAACAAGAUCAGCAACAAUGCCAGCAACAUGAGCAACAUGAGCAACAUGGUCAACAUACAGACCCAAACUGAUGAGCUGGAGUUGCCACUGGCCUUAGCUUCACACACUGCCACACUCUCAACGACAUCUUCAUCAACAACAUCUGCAUCAACAUCAAUAACAUCGCUAAGAACAUUAAGCACAUGCAACAUUUCAUUUGAAACACAAGCAACACAACAACAACAACAACAAUGGACUGCCGUGUCGCCGAAGGAGCCAGCUGGAGCUGGAACGACACAAACACAAGCAACAUUAGCACCACAACAACAACAACAACAACAACAACAACAACUUCAACAACAACAACAACCAGAACAAGAACCACUGCCACAGUCACAGUCACUGCCACAGCCAGCAAUGCAACAAGCAACAACCAAUAUCAAUAUGAGAAUCAAGAGAACUACAACAACAACAACAACACUACAACAACAACAACAUACCAGCAACAACAAUAAUAAUUAUAAUAAUCUUAAUGCCGCCACUGCCAGAUCCAACUCGAACGCCUCAAACUCCUCAACCGCAUUCAAUCCCAAUUCAAAUCCCAAUUCAAAUCGAAAUCAAAAUCCUUCCCCCACACCUCCUGCCACCACCUCAGCUUCUGUUACUGUAGUUGUGUUCAAAACAAUGUUACCUGAUGACUGAAUUAUUUUAGAAUCGUACACCUAGAGAGCAUGUUUUAUGAUUAUUAAUUACCACUUACGAUUUACGGAUUACGAUUUACAAUUUACGAUAUAUAUAUGAUUACGAUAAACGAUAUAGAACUAGAUCAUGUACAAUUGCGAUACAUGCGAUACAUACAUAUAUAUAUACAUGCGAUUUUUGUAUAAUUAUGGAUAUCAUUAUCUAUUAACUAUUCAUUAGUUUAUUGUCUUAUCGAUUAUUACUAUUAUUACUAUUAACUAUACUAUUAUUACUAUUACUACAUGCAUAAUGUAGAGCCUAAUUGAUCUAUCGUGUAUUUUAGUUUUGUCUUAAUUGUUGGAACACCCUGUACCAUAUCCCAUAUAAACACAUACAUACAUACGCCACACACACACAACUCACACCCCUCACAAUAACUAGGAAGCUAGGUAACUAUGAGAGAGCGAAGUUAAACAAUUUUUAAAUGCAAAAUAUAUGUAAAAUCAUGUCAUAUGUUUUUUUUUUUUUGAGCAGUUGAAGUGUUAACAUGAGUAAGGCGUACGAUUAAAUGAGUAUGGAGUAGCGAGUAAUGAGUAGGGAGUAACGAGUAACGAGUAACGAGUAGCGAGUAUAUGUAAUGUAGCCACAAUGCCACACACAGCUAAUAGCAAGCAUUUAGGAUGCGUGCAUAUGUCAGUUAUCUAUUCUAUUCUAUUCUUUUUUUUUUUUUUUUUUUUUUUUUGGUAUUAACUUUAAAUGUAUGUAAACUAUAGGCCUAUAUAUAUAGUAUAUAUAUUAUGUGUAACGAAGGAGAGAGAAGGAGCUGGAAAUGCGACCACACCAAGUAUAAUUAGUAACCGUUUUCUGGAAUUUGGAAACUGGAAACAGAGGCAGUGAGAGAAAGAGAUAGAGUGGGAGGGAGUGAGGGAAGAGAGUGUUUAGAGCAAUUUGUGGAAAACGGGAAACGGAAGUAGCGCUGGGACUGCCAGAGAUCAUCAUCAAGCCUUUAUUGGUUCGAACUUCGCUCGCAACUCUUGCAGAUUUAUACUGUUUAGAAACUGUUAGUUAAUAAAAAUCCCCCUCACACAUGUUAAAUACAUAAAUACACUCACACACAUACACACUAGCUAUAUAUAUAUACAACACAUAUAUGUAUAAGACAUGGGGGAGCAUGAGAAGAACUCGACAACAUCAACUGCAUCUUAGAAACACACGCAUUUCCCAACCAAUUAUAAGAAUGCGAGGAAGGAUCUGCAAGGAUCUUCAAGGAUCUGUGAGGAGGGACGAGGCGGGGUAGCGUUCACACACACACACACACACACAGCACGCUCACACAUACUGUUUACACACUAUAUACCUAAUUUAAGGACGCAUAAUCACAUACUACACAUUAAUUACGCAUAGUACAUACAACAAAAACAAAAAACAAGUAAACUUUCUUAAGAAAUGAAAAACAAAAAUGGAAACAAAAAACAAAGCUAAGAGAAAAAUGAGAGAAGAAGCGCAAGAGAAAGGAUUAAAUAUAUAUAUAUAUAACUAUAUAUAUAUAUAAUAUUAUAUUAUUUUUUUUUAAUCUAAAAUCCGAUUGCGCAAUUGUAUAUCGUAAUCGUGUAAUCGUCGCAACCCCCCCAUCCUCCCAUCCCCCAAGAAUACAAAAUCGCCAAUCGCCCAUCGCCCCCCAAAAAUUGGCGGUAUCGAUGCCCGGAUUGUUAUCGAUAAUAUUAUAUGGUCGUAAA